UAUAAUAAAAGAAAAACAAAUAUGGAAAAUACGACUUCCUGUUGCAUAUCGUAAAAUCCUCUCUCCAUCGGCCUCUCCACGCCGCCGUCGCUAAAGAAGGCUCCGGGCACGAAGCUGUUGAACCCGUGGCAGUUUUUUUUGGUAAGGAGCAAAAGAAGACAAAGCAGAUCAUGGAGGAUAAGCUUAUAAACUCUGUACACUCCACAGUUUUCAAAGAAUCGGAUUCCCUUGAAGGGAAGUGCACUAAAAUUGAGGGUUACGACUUCAAUCAGGGUAUAAACUACUCCAAGCUUCUCAAAUCCAUGCUUUCCACUGGAUUUCAAGCUUCUAAUCUUGGAGAAGCUAUGGAAAUUGUCAAUGAGAUGCUAGAUUGGAGGCUUGCUGAUGAGAGUAUAAAUGAGGACUGCAGUGAGGAGGAGAAGGAUCCUGCCUACAGAGAAUCUGUCAGAUGCAAGGUCUUUUUGGGUUUUACAUCAAAUCUUAUUUCCUCUGGUGUUCGAGAUACUGUUCGUUAUCUUACUGAGCAUCACAUGGUUGAUGUAAUAGUUACUACAACUGGUGGCAUUGAAGAAGAUCUUAUAAAGUGCCUUGCACCAACAUAUAAAGGUGAUUUUUCACUACCUGGUGCUCAGUUGCGUUCGAGAGGACUGAAUCGCAUUGGUAACUUGCUGGUUCCUAAUGACAACUACUGUAAAUUUGAGGAUUGGAUCCUCCCAAUUUUUGAUCAGAUGUUGAAGGAACAACUUGAAGAGAAUGUAUUGUGGACUCCAUCAAAGUUAAUUGCACGCUUGGGAAAAGAAAUAAAUAAUGAAAGUUCAUACCUCUACUGGGCAUACAAGAACAAAAUUCCUGUCUUCUGUCCAGGCUUGACAGAUGGCUCUUUGGGGGAUAUGUUGUAUUUUCAUUCCUUUCGUAGCCCAGGUCUGAUAAUUGAUGUAGUGCAAGAUAUUAGGGCCAUGAAUAGUGAAGCAGUGCAUGCAAGUCCCAGGAAAACAGGAAUGAUAAUUCUAGGAGGUGGACUGCCAAAGCAUCAUAUCUGUAAUGCCAAUAUGAUGCGUAAUGGUGCUGAUUAUGCUGUUUACAUAAAUACAGCACAAGAGUUUGAUGGGAGCGAUUCUGGGGCCCGCCCUGAUGAGGCUGUUUCAUGGGGGAAAAUACGAGGUUCUGCUAAAAUGGUUAAGGUACAUUGUGAUGCAACUAUUGCUUUCCCUCUGCUGGUAGCAGAAACAUUUGCUUCAAGGUGGAAAAAUUUUGUUGCUUAGUACAAUUUUUUGUCAUAGUGCUGAUUCAAGUAACAUUUGUGUUAGAAAUCCCUCGUAUCAUUGUGGUAGCAUCCCAAGGAAGAUGAUACUAUUAUAAAAGGAGGACAAUGUACAUUGCUCUGCCAUGGUAACCAUGCAAAGGAUUGGAUAAUUGUGUUUUCUUGUGGAGGUUGGCUAAUUGUGAGAGUCUUUCUAGUUAAUUAAUUAUUUGGAUUGAUUGUAGCUGAACUCGUGAACUUGCUGAGGCAUCUCUAUGCAUUGUCUUUUAGCCAGAACAAUUAAUAAAUCAUUCUAAAUGUUUUUUUUUUUUUUUUUGAAAGUGUAUCAAACAUAGUAUAUGGAAUAAUUACCGCAUCAA